CCUGGAGGGGACGUAAACAAGAACGUACCCAGCUGUAGGACCAAACGCACUUACUUCUUCCUGACGAACGCAAGCAUCACCUGAAGACGUUCUCUCUCUGAGAGGUCCAGAUGAUGUUUUUAAUCUGGGUAAUUGAGUGGAAAAGAAAUAGUAGACACAAAAAAAAACAGUAAUGCGAGCUGCGUGGAUAACCAGCAACGGUCUGUCUGAGGUUGAGUUCGUCUGCUAGUAGCCUGUAGCUGCAGUAGCAUAAGGUUGUCGUUAGUUUGAAAUAUCAGUUUUCUACUUUGUGUGAAAAGAGUUUUGGCCUUUAUGACAUAAAGCUAUGGUUAUAGUUCAAAUUGAGUCUAGAAUUGAGUUGUGCAACUGCUAUGUUAUGAUUCUCUACUAGACGCUCAGCUUGUCUUGCGAGUGAACUAGCUAACGUUAUUAGUUGAACUGUAAUUAUGUGGGGAGAAAUCGAACCGUCUUGCCCAAAGUCAAGUUCUUCAGCUGUUGAAAAAACUAGUAGUAUCGAAGCUGGACUAGAUCAAAUUAACGCUUGCUCUCCCCCUUAUUCAAAUGGGCCGAGUAGAAGGAAUGAAGGCUGUCCUUCUCCUGCCAAGGCACGGGAGCCUGCUAAGUGCGAACACCCAAGCUGUUUCAAUGACAUGAUAGAGGCCGUAGCAGUAAGUGGCAGUCAAGUGAAAAGCCAGCAGGUGGAUGAUCCUGACCUCACACUGGAGGAGAGAAGGGAGAUCUUGCUGGAGCAGUAUGAAACCAAGCCUUUGGUUUUCCUGGAGCGCUAUCAGGCACACCUGAAACCAGAACACCUGGACGCCUUCUCUCACGUCAGCUCCGACUUCAGGGCUCAAUUCUGCUUCAAAGAGGUGCAGAGACGAGCAGGCAGUCAAACCAACAGGACCCGUGUUCGCAAUCACCGCUAUGCAGCUCUUAGGGCAUUACAGAAAGAGGGCCAAUAUUUUAGCGAGGAGCAGAUGCGCAUUCGGGAGCCCCUGCUGUAUGAGCAGUACAUCGGCCAAUACCUGACUGAGGAGGAGAUAUUUCAGCGCUCCCAAGAGGCCAUGCAGAGGGGCCCGGGAGGCCUGUCCGACCUGCUCAUCGACUCCUAUCAGGAGAGGGUCCUGCAGGGGCGUCUACAGGAACAGCUGGACGAGGAGGACUGUGCACAGGAGGAGGAGGAGGAAGAAGAUGGACACGGCAGAGAGGGCGAGCAGGAGUGCAGCGCUCAGGAGAAGGUCCUGCUCAGGGAGGAGUUCCUCAGCCAGAUGCACCAGCGCUUCCUGGACGGCAGAGACAAAGACUUCAACUACAGUGAGGUGGAUGACAACCCAGAUUAUGACAACUUGGACAUCGUGAGCCGUGAUGCAGAGGAACGCUAUUUUGAUGAAGAUGGGGAUGAGGAUGAGGAAGAGGAAGAGGAUGAGACAGACAUGAUUCAACAAUGAGCUGAAGUCCAGUUAUCAAGUUCAAGUCUUUCAUCGGCCUGUUCUGAUCCUUAGUUUACACAAAUAUAUAUGGAAAAAGGCACAUUGGCUUGUUUGUACAAAUAUGUGUAUUGACUUUGUUUUUUUGCUAUUAAAACUAAACAAGAUACUG